AUGGAGCUUUCUCAAUUCAAACUCCCAUUCCUAACCAUUGUCGUGGCCACCAUAAUAGCCCUACUCCUUGGGUACUAUAAAUCCAUGGCGGCUUCUCUUCGAAGCAAGAAGCUUCCACCUGGGUCAUUAGGGUUUCCAUUUAUCGGAGAGUCUUUAAGCUUUCUUAAGGCACAGAAAGAAGACACCAUCGUUGAAUGGUUUGCGAGCCGGAUCACCAAGAAUGGACCAGUGUUUAAAACCUCACUGAUUGGCUCCAAUACUGUGGUCAUCACCGGCCAAGCCGGUAAUCGGUUCGUGUUCAGCGGAGCAGACAAUGGCAUUUCAAGCAAUCAAACAUCUUCUGCAGCCAGAAUACUAGGGAAGCACAGCAUAUUUGAGGUCUCAGGGUCCAGACACAAGCUUGUUAGGGGUGCAAUGAUGAACUUCUUGAAAGCUGAAAGCCUUCAAAGACAUGUUGGUCAGAUGAAUUCAGUUGUUAAACAGCAACUAUUCCAAGAACUGAAUGGAAAGGAUUCAGUACAAGGCGUAACCCUGAUGAAGACAGUAACUUUCAAGGUCACUUGUAGUCUACUUUUCGGAUUAGCAGAAGGCAAGGAGAAAGAUGCCCUAUUAAACGAUUUCAUGUUCACCAUAAGAGGGGCGUGGGCGAUUCCUUUAGAUGUCCCUGGUACCAUCUUUCGAAAGGCAAUGCAGGCUCGCCGUAGGAUCAGCAAGGUCCUUUCUGAUCUGAUUAAAAGAAGGAAGAUGGAUAUGGAGGAUGGGAAAGUAAGCUCUCAAGAAGAUGUUAUGUCAACCUUUCUAGCUUUGAGGGAUGAAAAUGGUGAACCUCUACCAGAAGAAGAAAUUAUUGACAAUCUUAUCACUCUCAUUAUAGCCAGCCAUGAUACAACUACAAUUCUUCUAAGCCUUUUCAUAAGACACCUUGCCAGGGAUGCUGAAGUGUGCUAUAAGGUGCUUGAAGAGCAAAAGCAAGUUCUGAAAGCAAGAGAAGGAAGUAGUGCUGGAAUGCUUGGAUGGAAUGAAGUGCAGAAGAUGAAGUAUACAUGGAGAGUUGCCCAAGAGCUGAUGAGGCUGACAUCUCCAGCUUUCGGCAACUUCAAACGAACUACGAGAGACAUCUCUUUUGGUGGCUUUGAUAUCCCCAAAGGAUGGCAGGUAUUUUGGGUGACUUCUCCAACACACAUGGACAACAACAUUUUUGAACAGCCAGAGAAGUUUGAUCCAUCAAGAUUUGAGAACCCUACAAAGUCUGUCCCUCCAUAUACUUACAUUCCUUUCGGAGCUGGUCCACGAAUCUGUCCGGGGGUAGAAUAUGCCAGGAUUGAAGUGCUGCUGAUAAUCCAUCACUUGAUAACGAACUACAGUUGGACGGAAGUGAUUCCGAACGAGCCGCUAGCACGGGAACCCAUGCCCUACCCAGCCAUGGGACUUCCGAUCAAGCUGCAUCCCAGGAAAGAUGUUUAG